AUGGAUCCCAACAAUUAUCAUUUCAACACCCAGAAUUCUUCUAACUACCCAUAUAACUACCAAAAUUCCAAUAAUUAUCAAGAUCCAAAUCAAUUUUUCAACCCACGUCCUCAAAAUCCCAACAAUUAUCAAGAUCCAAAUCAAUUUUCCAACCCACGUCCUCAAAACAUACAUAAUUUUGGUUUUGCACCAAAUUUGAACCAGUCAUCCUUUCAUCCAUCUUAUGGAUCUAUGAGAUAUCCAUCUCAAACACCCCCGUUUAGUGGUUAUAUGCCAAUGGUGAAUGAAAAUUUUUCGAGUGUUGAUGCACCUGAAUUUCCCGAAUUUUCAACACAAAUGACUCUCGGUGGCAUGACAGCUGCUAAUCAAGUCACUUCAAAUCAAGAGGAUUCAACUCCUAAGAGAAAAAAAAUCCUGUCACCAACAUGGAACACUGCACAAAAUUUGGUGCUAAUUAGUGGGUGGAUUAAAUGUGGAACAAGGAGUGUUGUCGGAAAAAACCAGAAAGGAGAAACAUUUUGGAGAGAUAUUGCUGAGUAUUGUAAAGAGCAUUGCUCAUUCGAUCCUCCGCGUGAUGGAGUUGCAUGCCGAAACCGUUGGAAUUAUAUGAACAAAAUACUGGGUAAAUGGAUUGGCGCUAAGCGUUCGCAAGGAAGCGGUUGGUUGGAGAAUGAUGUUUUGGCAAAAGAUCAAUUCCUCGUCCAAUGGGUAGGGAGGCAGCUAAAAAAAAGAGUAAAAAAGAAAAGUAGAGAAGCUGCCUUGGAGGAGGUGGACAAAGAUUGGGCUGAAUUCAAACAAUUCAAGGAGAAAGAGCUUGAACGAUUGGAGAAGAUAACAUCGGUGCAACAAGAGACUAACCAAUUGAUGAAAGACAAGACUCAUACUAAGAAAAUCAAUUUGUAUCUAAAGCUAAGUUCUGAAGAGCAUCUCGAUGACCGUAAGAAAGAGCUGUUGAAGAAGUUGUCUCAAGAGUUAUUGCUUCAAGCUCGUUUUAAAAUCAUCCGUGAACCAGCUCGUUUGUGGGACAUAACUGAUUUGGGUAUCAUUUUGAGGUCAUGCAUCAUAUUACAUAAUAUAAUUGUUGAGGAUGAACGAGAUUCAUAUGCUCAACGUUGGACCGAUUUUGAGCAAUCUGGGGAAGGUGGAUCUAGUACACCGCAACCAUACUCGACCGAGUUGCGUGAUCCAAAUGUUCAUCACGAACUGCAAGCAGAUCUAGUGAAGCACAUAUGGGCAAAGUUUGGAAAUGUUUCGUGA